CGAAUUACAUCAUCGUCACCAUAACGAACUUCCAGGGCUAAUCGGACUAUCAGCGCGACCCUGGGGAACUCCACGACUCACCCCCUGACUGGAUUAAACCAAGGAAUGAUCUGCAAUAUAUUUAUAUCCUCGUCUUCAUCUACUUAAUCAUCUCCAGCAUGCAAUGUCUGAGCAACGUCGAAAGGUAGUACCAGCACAACUGGGCUUUCUAGCCAUCUACAACCCUUCCUUAGGAACUACCGAUGAUACACUCGAUAACCAAAUUGUUUAUUAUUACCCCUCGAUCAAGCAAAAUGGACACAAAAGAGGGGCUUCUACGGAUACAAAAGAGGCGCGUGCAUUUGCGAAAGAGCAAAAGAAUGAACAGUUAAGGCAGAUUGGACUUGCCCAGGGAAUGGUAGAAUUCGGAAGGAGUUUUUCUGAGGGUAAAUCUGUGGAUACUGUAGAGACUGAGAAGUCUCGUAUCAUUCUCCAUGAAUUGGAAUCUGGCUGGUGGAUACUGGCUGUUAGUAACUUCAUUCUUGAGUUAGCUGGUUGUACUAAUUUGUGCACAGUCAAUCAAUCUCACCAUAUUGCCAGGCACAAAAAAGAUACCAGCUACCAAAGGCAAACCUGCCGAAGAACAAGAAACUAUCGAAUAUUCUUCCCGAGAAGUUAAACCCGCGAUAUUACUCCUUGGAGAUAUUUUACGAGCGCACUCAACGUUCCUCCUCCAUCAUGCCACCUCAAUGAGUGCCCUUUUUGUUCGAACAAGACGUUCCAAAUUUGUGAGCAUACUGGGUAGAUAUUGGGAUACAUAUCUUUCGACGUGGAAUGUGCUUAUGCAUGGCAAUCCUGCGAAUAAUUUAUAUGGUGGAAUAAAAGUUGCUGCGUGUGGAGAACUUGGCGUAGGGGUUGGGGAAGAAGAAAGAGGUAGUGGUGAAAGAGAAGUUCUCGAAGGGUUCGUUGGACAAAUGGAUGGACUUGUAGAUGUGAUAGUUUCAAGAUUUGGCGAUGCACAAUCAAGCCCGAAAGACGAUGCCAAUAAAGGAUUUACAGAUCAACGGUCGACACAAUCUGCUCCUUGGUUAGGUUCUGGUGAUGAACCUGCAACAGAAGAUGGUGCAAUUUUCCUUGGUACUGGAGCUUUGUCAAGGAAAUCACUAAGAAAUAUUUCACAUUGGGUUGAGGAUCUUUAUAGAUGGGGUCCAUAUGCUUAUGGGGUUAUUGACAAUCCUUCUUCCACUCGUCGCGCGAAGAAGCUACCUAAGCCUAAGCCAAGAGUUGAACCAAAAGUUAAGCAUGCAAAGAAUGCUGCUCGACCAACAUCUAGUCUAAGUAAGGAGAUACCAAUUUAUGAUGGCCCUCAUGAUGGACCUGAACCUAGUCGAUCGUUGGGUAUUAAUACAGCGGAGCCUCGACAACUGGCAGAAGAAGGCAGUCAGGGUGAUCGAGCCAAAUCCAAACUCAAAUCACCACGUCCACCGUCACGUAGAAAUCCUGCAAGUCAUACCAGUACUGAAGGCACUGAGGGUACAGACGGCGAAUCAAAGGGCAACAGAUUUUCGCAAUACUUGAAGUUCGGUUACGGAACUCAUUGGUCCCUAGGUGGGGCCACAGCAAAAGAAGAAGAACAAAGCAAAUCCUUGACAGCCUCAGCUACUCCUAUUCCUCCAAUCGAUGGAACGAUUGACGCAACGGAAGGAUCAGUACAUGCAAUUGGAUUUGAUGACUCCAGAGGUCAUUAUCUAGUAGGUCUAAUGGGUGAUAUGGAAGCUGAAAUGGAUCUACCCGCCGAUCUCAACGCCGAAGGUGAAGAUACUGAAGGGAAAAAUGAACGACUUGUACUUCGUACAUUAACAGUAGAAUUGGAACGUGAAGAAGAUUUUCGUCAAGAAGCUGAUAUCAGCAUUGAUUAUUCCGACUUUGGCUCAUCAAUCAGACGCACCAGCGGUUCUGAACGUACCGGCACUUCCAACGCUUCAUUCGAAAGUCAAGAUCGAAAUAAAGCGAGAAAAUUAAGAGUAGUGGCUUAUGCAAGUAAACCUUUCAUCUUCAUUUUUCUCUUUGAAUUACGAGCAGAUUCUCUAGCAUUACAAGGUCUAUAUCGAUCUCUUCAUAAACAACUUCAAUCUCUCAUCAAACCACUUCUCAAAUCUACAUCUUUUCGCGCAUCCAGACCCGAUGUAUCCAUUUCUCCUUUAGCCAAUACAAGCAACCCAACGGCUCCUGUUUACGAUCUUCUUUGGGACCCUAAAACACUUACCAUUAAUUCAAAUAUCCCUAAUAUUCCCGAUCCUCAACAAGUCCAAACACAAGAACAAGCAAAUCGUCUCCCUUGGUCUCGCGUUGAGGCUUUGAAUACUCACCUUCAAAUCCUCCAUACAUAUAUCGCAACGACUACUGAUAUAAACACAUUGGAACGAACAGCUAAAACAUCAAGAGGAUAUUGGAUUCUUUGGACACGCAUUCCCUCACCUCCAGAACCAACCCCGAUUCGGGAUACAACUCCAAAAGUUAACAUACCAUCCCUCAUACCAGAAGAUUCAGCAGAAAGUCAAACAAGUAAAACUUUCAUGGGGGAAAUAAGUGAUAAGGGAAGAAAAGAUAAAGGUGGAAGAAGUGGUGCAACUAGUAUGGCACAAACAGGUGGGACAAGUGUCAGUGGACCUGCACAUCCGUUUUUGGAUGAUGGGGCUGGACCUGGGGGAACGGAAAGGAGUAGAGAUAAAGAGAUCUUUUUAAUUAGACGAGCCAGUGACUAUGUGGAGACUGGGCAAGGAAGGAGCUAUGGGUAUGGAUAUGGAUAUGGCUAUGCGGGGAGUUGGAUAGGUAGUCCAGGAGGUGCAAGCGGGGGUGGUGAUGCGGGAUGGGGUGCUGCGGGCUUGGGACUCGAUACUAAGAGGUAUAUUGAGGGAUUGUUGAGUUUGAAUCGAUAGGGUGUAUAUAUGUAUGUGUGUAUGCAGUACUGCUGCUAAGAGAAGGAACCCCUGGAACAGAUAUAUAGAUGAUGGGGCGGAUAGAGAUUCGAGAAGAGUAUGUGUGUGUGUGUGUGUGUAAGAGUAUAGUUAGUAUAUCACUUAUAUUAGUUUAUUUUUAUAUAUGUAGCGGAAUUAGAUUAUA